CGGCGCUCGCGGGGCAGCGGGGCUGUGCGUGGCCGUGGGGCGGGCCUGCCGCUGCGGCCGGGGUCCCGGCAGGCAGGGCGGGCGGUUGCUGCCUUUGCCGGGGACAGUCGUUCGGUCUUUGCCUGGCCCGGGGCGGCCUCCCGGUGUGGCGCUGGUAGGAGGGAGCCGGCGGUACCGCUGGUGCGGGAACCGUGCUGGCGAGGAAUGGUGACGCUCCCCUGUUCGGAGGUCUUUGCUGUGCCGGAGGGUUGGUGGCAAACCCGGGUCCUGGUCUGGCUGGAGAGGAGCCACGGGGCUUAGUGGGAUGUUCAGGAGAGGCCACAGCUCUCACCCUUGCCCCUUGCUGUCUGAAGCCCACCUGUCUGAUGCCGCACUGGAGGUGGAGGGUGCCGCUAUGGAGCGCGAGGAUGGCGGCCACGCUCUGUAUCCACACGUGCCUUUGGCUGAGCGCAGCCUGGAUCCCCCUUGUAUCGCCACACGGACUCGCCCGUGCUACGGAGCUCGCUCCCGGCACUGACAGCCGGGGCACGGCUCACCGGCACGGGAAGCUGGCCUGGGCCGUGAACUUGGACGUACCAGAGGAGGAACUGGAGCAGCGGGCGGAGGAACUGGCCCGGGCUGCAGGGCUGGUGAACAUGGGCCGCAUUGGGGAGCUCAGAGGCCAUUACCUCUUCACCUAUCAGCCCGACAGCCACACGGCGCCUGAACCCGAAGCAAUAAGGAGAUCAGUGGACACUUUAUUUGCACAGCACGACAGCGUGCGGUGGCACUCGGAGCAGAAGCUUCUGAAACGCUCCAAACGCGGCCUGCACUUUAAUGAUCCCAAAUACCCCCAGCAGUGGCAUCUGAAUAACCGGAAGAGCCCCGGGAAGGACAUCAACGUCACAGGCGUGUGGGAGCGCAACGUGACGGGCCACGGCGUGACGGUGGUGGUGGUGGAUGACGGUGUGGAGCAUACCAUCAAAGACAUUCAGCCAAAUUACAGCCCAGAAGGCAGCUAUGACUUGAACUCCAAUGACCCUGACCCUAUGCCUCACCCUGACGAAGAGAACGGCAACCACCACGGGACCCGCUGUGCAGGGGAGAUUGCUGCUGUGCCAAACAACAGCUUUUGCACAGUGGGAGUUGCCUACGGGAGCCGCAUUGCCGGCAUCCGAGUGCUGGACGGGCCCCUCACUGACAGCAUGGAGGCCAUCGCCUUCAACAAGCAUUAUCAGAUCAAUGACAUCUACAGCUGCAGCUGGGGUCCAGAUGACGAUGGGAAAACUGUGGAUGGCCCCCAUCAACUGGGAAAGGCUGCCCUACAGCACGGCGUGAUAGCAGGUCGCAGAGGGUUUGGGAGCAUUUUUGUAGUGGCCAGUGGCAACGGUGGGCAACACAGCGACAACUGCAACUAUGAUGGUUAUGCCAACUCCAUCUACACCGUCACAAUAGGCGCAGUGGACGAGAUGGGCUCCAUGCCGUUCUACGCUGAGGAGUGUGCCUCCAUGCUGGCUGUGACCUUCAGCGGUGGGGACAAGAUGAUGAGGAGCAUUAGGCAGGAAUUGUCCCUGGGCAAGGGGCCGUGGGCGCUCAGCCACAGUCCUCAGAGGAGCAGACAGCCUCAGUUCCCUUCUGAUGCAGCAGCUCUCCCAAGGAAGGGCGUGAAGGUGACGACAGACUGGGAUUUGCAGAAGGGCACAGGGUGCACGGAGGGCCACACGGGGACAUCGGCUGCUGCUCCGCUUGCAGCCGGGAUGAUCGCACUGAUGCUGCAGGUGCGGCCGUGUCUCACCUGGAGAGACGUCCAGCACAUCAUCGUCUUCACAGCCACCAAGUACGAGGAUCGUCAUGCAAAGUGGGACACCAACCAGGCCGGCUUCAGCCACAGUCAUCAACACGGUUUUGGCUUGCUGAACGCCUGGAGGCUGGUAAACGCUGCCAAGAUCUGGGAGUCAGUUCCAUACCUCGCCUCAUAUAUCAGCCCUGUCCUGAAGGAAGGCAAGAGCAUCCCAUUACUCCCGCAGGAGCUGGAGGUCGCGUGGAACGUCACCACCACCGAUCUGGAGCUCUCCGGCAUGAGAACCCUGGAGCAUGUGGCAGUCACCGUCACCAUAACCCACCCCCGCCGCGGCAACCUGGAGAUCAGGCUCUUCUGCCCCAGCGGCAUGAUGUCCCUGAUUGGGACCACCAGGAGCAUGGACUCGGACCCCAAUGGCUUUGCUGACUGGACCUUCUCCACGGUCCGGUGCUGGGGCGAGGAAGCGCAGGGCACGUACAGACUCGUCGUCAGGGACGCUGGGGAUGAGAGCCUGAGGGCUGGGACCCUGAGGCACUGGCAGUUGACCCUCUAUGGCUCCUCCUGGUCCCCAGCAGAGAUGAAGGAACGGCAGAGGCUGCUGGAGGAAGCCAUGAGCGGGCAGUACCUCAACAGCAGCUUCUCCCUGCCAUGCCCUCCAGGGCUGGAGAUCCCUGAGGAGCAGCGCUACACCAUCACUGCUAACACCCUCAAGACCCUCCUGCUGUUGGGAUGCUUUGCUGUGUUCUGGACCUUCUACUACAUGCUGGAGGUUUGCCUGACCAGGAACAACGUGGGGUUUGACCUGGCCUGCCACGGCUCCACAGUCUGCAAGUGGUACCAGCAGGGUGGGAAGCACAGGGCCCUGGAGAAUGGCCUGGAGAUGGAGUCCAUGCUGCUCUACGGGGAGAAAGAUGCUGAGGAUGUUGAGAUAGAGUGUGAGCACCCAGGCCCUGCCCAGGAAGACAUGAGGGAGGAGGGAUCGUGGACCCCCAGCCACCCCAAACUUCACAGCACCAACAGAGCUGCAAGCUUCCACGAGGCGGCCCCCGCCGGUGCAGGGUAUCUCAGCCGGGAGGCGACAGCCGAGCUCCUCUCAGAUGAUGGUGAGCACCAGCCUUGCUAACUGGGGCUAGAGACUCGGGCCGGGUCUCUCCCGCCCGGUAUGUCAUUCCCGAGCACAGGGCAGCAGAGACUUCCUGAGCCACCAGGGACCAUUGCUGUUUGGGCCUGUUGAAGCUGGUACUGCAGCUGGCUCAGCUAGGAGGAGAAAGACUGUUGGUGGCGAAAGGGGAGCUUCCCUUUCCCUUGUUCCGGGAAACAAAGCAAGCCUUAAACCCGUUCCUAAUGGAGCCUGCCCCACGGCGACACUCAGGGCUUCCCUUCGCACGUGGAAUGAGGCCCCGCACCAAUGCUUCCCCGCUUCCCGGGUGCGAGGCGGCCGCUGAGCUGCAUUUCCUUCCUGGCCCAGCGUUGCGCGCGAGGCCAGAUGACCCCGCUCUCCCGCUGCCGGGGGCGAUGCCUGUCCCCCUGCAGCAGCUUUGCUCAGGUGAGCAGUGCUCUCGGGCAGGGAGGAAAGGGCGGAGGUGCCACGGCCGCAGCCCCAGGCGGCAGUUGCGGGUCGCUUCUGGAGGCUGGAGGAGGAGGAGGAAGGCAAAGCCAUCCCUGCUGCGGGGCAGGACAGGGACCUGCCUUAGCCCCCGGGGCUGCCCGGGCGGGCUGGGAGGGGAGCAGUGCACCGGGAAGCCGCCGGCGGGCUGCCCUGCGCGGAGGGCCUGCGGACGUGUCCGUUGCACCCCGGGGACUCUGCUCCACGUCGUCCCCUCGCUGGCAAGGGCUCGGGAGCGCCCGAGCUGCGCAGGGAGCCCCGUGCGCACCCGGCUCCCGCGGCGCAGCAGCCUGGAAGGAAAGGUCACGUUGAGCCCAGUCUUUGCAGCGCGAGCCCAGGGAACGCGGCAGGGCCCUGGCGCCUGCCCCUGCCACAGGGCCCUCGGCACCGAGGUUUCCCUGCCCCGCUGGGCUGGGAGCUGGGCAGCAUCUACCAGUUACACCCCGCUUAGAAGCAGGGAGCCGGUUUGCCUGUCUCGCACUGGCGCGUGCUCCCUUUGCCCUCCGCUCUUCCCCUGCUCCCCUGCCACCUCAUCGCAGACACGCAGGCGGUCGUGCCGGCAGGGAGGAGAAGGGAGCAGCGCUUUCUCGACCGUCCUGCUCACGCCGAGGGCCCCCUCGGUCUCGCCCCCGGCUCCCCGUACGCCCGAGCCCCAGGGAGGGCGGAGGGACAGCGCGUGCCUGCUUGCUCUCGGGGGCACCCGCCGUGGCGGGCGCAAAGGUGCGGCGCUGUGAGCUCGCUGCAGCCGCAGCACGAGGCCCUCUGCCCCGCCGGGCUUCGUGCCCAGCAUCAGGGAAGGACAAGGCCUGCUUUGGGCCGGGAGGGAGAGGUCCGGAGAGUUGCUCUGGCAGUGGCUUCUCUGAGAGCAGGGUUGGUUUGUCCGUGUGUCUGGGUUCGUUGGUUUAUUUUUUUAAAGUUGGGGGUUGUUUUUUAAACAGCAAAGUCCUUUUGUGCAGCUUUUCAAAUAAAGCCUUUGAAAAACC